CGUAAUUAGUUCACUCGCAAUCGUGAUAGUUAAGAAUGACGAUGAAGGUUUUCCUGAGCUGCGCACUAAUUUGCUGUCUUCAAGUUAUCUUUCAGAUAAACGCUGCUUCCUUGGAUAGUUGUAGGGGCGUAUUUGGACCUUCUGUUAAAAAGCAGUUAUGCGAUGCAAACAGUUACCAGAAUGUUAACGGAGCGGAUUUGGAUAAAACAUUGGACUGUGUUCUGAAGGCAACCGAUAUUGUUGACAAAUACGGAGCGGGAAAUUUCUACAGUCUGUAUGAUCCAAUGAAAGUUUAUUUGAAUGAUGGAAGGAAGCUCAAUUUUAAUCUGGAAUCUUGCAUGACAAGACGAUUGAAGUAUGAGCUUCCUGAAGGCGAACGUGCUCACGGGUUUUAUAAGUGUGUGAUGCAGAACGAGGCAAGGGAUGCCUUUAAGAAAGUGUUUAAUUCAAGAGUAUGCAAAUAACGCCACAAUGUAUAGCGAAGCUUAAAAUAUUGAAUAUAAUAAAUAUAUCAGCAUGCAUAAUAAUGUUCAGUGUGUUGGCAGUUGCGUUACG